UUCUGGUUAAAAGGCACCUGGUGUGGUGGCGUGGCAGGCAAAGCUCAGGAAUUUCCGCUCUCUAUAUAUAAAACCCCCCCCCCCACAGGGUGGACGAUCCUCAAGUAUUAUAUUAUUUCGUUACAUGGUUAAGCUCCCUUUUAUGCCUUUUCUUUAGCAAUGCCACCACUUAAGCAAUCUUCAUGGUCUACCAGGCUACAAUGGAAGCCCUGGAGUUAUGCAUUCCAAGAUACUACAUGGCCCGAGCUGACAUUACUGCUCACUCCCAAGAUUCUUUCAAAAAAGAAAAUGGUCUGGUACCUGAUCUCCAUCGUAAUGGUGGCAGCUUGUCUUAUCAUGUAUACAUUCCGGUACAUUCAAAUGGAAAAUAUUCAAAAAUACAGAGACGACUGGCUUUUUACGAGAUUUCCUGAGCUUGAGACUGCUUUGACAGACACUGUCAAGCAGGAAUCCAAGCUCAACGAGGCUAUCCCACUUUACAAUAUACAAGACCCAUAUAGCUGCCAAAACCAACAUCUAUCAUAUUCCACAUUGCAGCAACUUAUAGAUGCCGAGCUUGGACCAGACCACUCGUCUGAUCCAUCCACUGAACCCGUUCCUUCCCACUACCUAAUCCUUCCACCAUUCAAACCAAAUCAAACUGUCAUGAUAGAGCAGGGCCAAUCAUACUGCAUACGUUUGGUAAUAUAUCCCCCAAAGUUAAAUCCGCUGAUUAUGCACACCUUCAAGCCAAUUGAUGGAUCACCGUGGGAUAGUAUUAUGAUGACUUUGGUACGACAGUCAGAAUAUAACACAACAUUUCCCGUUCAGUUAAAACUGUGGAACGGUCAUUCCGUGAUAUACGAGGCCAACAGGAAUCUUUUUGGCGGUAGCAGUGCUCAAGAUGUCCCUUCCCACCAGCUAGUCGAUCGCAAAAAGAUGCACAUCUAUGAAGCCGAAGUUAAACUUCAUGAUGAAGGAAACUACUCUUUGGAAACGCGGCUAGAAUAUACACACGGCAUGUGGAAUUUUGAAAGACAACCUGUGGUACCAUACCAACCUGAACUGAUUGAGACACCACUAGGAUGGAACUUGACCGUGCUUGGACACCAAAAAGAUCAUUUCGACCUACCUUUAUGCACCCGUUCCGAUCAUCCUGGACGUUGGCUCAACAUUAAGGACUUUCCAUCUCAUCGGCAAAACAUGCUUUCAGCCAACGCAGCAGACUUUAAUGGAAACUUCUGGGCUCCUUACGAAUGCCAAUAUCGAUAUAUUUCAUAUCAAGACUUCAAUCAAUGCCUAGCCAAAAAAUACCCACUUAUUCAUUGGUUUGGAGACUCCAAUUCAAGAAGAUCCCUUAAAAAAAUUAUCACCGAUGGUGAAUGGUGCAAUGACUAUGAAGCAAUUCAAUCCAACAGCACUACAAAACGAGCAUGUCAUUGUGAAGAUUACGAAGAACCCACAUGGAACAACACACUAUUUGAUACCCAUGCUCGCGCAGGUCGUAUUCUUAAGACAGCAUUGAACAAUGCAUCAGUGGAAUGGGGACAAGACAAAGCCAAGACAGAAUCGGAAAUCUGGUUCUACAAGUGGGACGGGCUGACCGACCUAAAUGAGCCAUCUUGGGAGGAGUUGUUCAAAGACUACCCAGAUUCGGGCGAAAUAGCAAAGCACGUUCCUGGAGUAGAAGUGGAUGAAUCUUGGAUAGAGCAAUAUGGUGAGGCCAUUCCGGUUUUCAGACGGUUACCGCCACCACUUGGAAGAUACCCUGUACAUGGCGGCGGUGGCCACAAGGCUAAGAUGUCAAGACGAGACGUAGUUGCUCUUCAUAAGCGAUGGUACCUUACACUCGCACCACCACAACUCAUCGUCGUCAACUUGGGAAAUUGGGAUGUCUCUCGUAUGCCCUAUUAUGAAUUUCAAGCAGCCAUUCAAAAAAUGAUCAACUACAUCAAGCAGCGAUACAUUCCAUACAAAACUGCUGUCCUUUACCGAACCCCACAAUAUUUCUGCUGUCGAGUCGAUACAUCAGAACGACAACGAAAAUUUAGUACGUUGAGGAUGGAGGCUUAUGAUCGGUAUGCAAGAGAAAUGCUUGUUAAGCAUGUUGGCGCCAAAGUUUGGGACGUCUACGCCUUGGGUGAAGCGCGUAGCUGGGAGGACAAACAAUCCACAGCAGAUUGUCCAUCGAAUCAUGCCCCAAGCGAUGUUGUGUCUCUUGAAAAUCAAAUGUUGAUGAAUUCUUUGUGUAAUACGGACGAUUGGUUUGCGGACUUGUAGGAUUUUAUCUCCUCUCAUUUUUUUCUGUUACAGAAGUUAUUGUUUAAAACUGUGUAGAAAUAUUCUGUCUUCAUUUACUUACUUUGCAUUUUGCUGUUCAUACCAUUUAUUAGAUUCCCUCGGCUCAGGAUAAGUCUAGUGCUGAAACUUCAGUAUUUCGCUAUUAUCCAAGCCCAACCAUUGCAAUAAAAUUAAUCCAUACAAAAAGAUGUGCUGA